GAAUACAUGUCUACAGAAUAUUCUGAUUCAAUACACACAUUAGCUCAUACAAAUAUUGAGAACAUCUUUUCUCUUAAUACCUGUUCUUUGCUUCCUUCUAAAAAUUUGAAGUGCAUAGUCUACCUUUCUACCUUUCAACAAUUUAUACUUCUUAAUGUAACAUUAAAAAAACAUUAACUAUCAUAAUAUGGGCAUCAGAUCCUUUCACUGCUUAGGUGUCAGCAGAUAACUCCUUAUAACAGAUUGAUUAGGCUGCAUAAUACCAUCAACAGGAGCAUUCAUUGUCAAUAAAUGUGUUGCAGGAACUCUAGGAAGAGCAGGAUGAGUGCAUAAGAUUCUACACCAAACUUAAUUGCUACAGGGAAAUCUUCUGGUUGCCUGAUAACUAAAAUAUCAUAAAAUGAGGUAUCGCAGCAUAAAAAGUGAGAUAUAAUAAACAAUAUCUUCACAAAAAUAAAUAAAUAAAUAAAUAAAAAUAAAGAGAGAAAAAAAGAAGAAGAAGAAGAAGAAGAAUUUAUGAAAUUUUAAAAACCAAUACAAUAGGGUAUGGAAGCACCAAGUUCUCUAAAGAUUCGAACAAUUAAUGUAAAAAAAGGAGUAAAGUUUUAUGAUCAUAAAUCAGUAAAAGUCAGUUACAAUGUAAUAUUAUUGUUCAAAUUAUAUGUUAUGAAGUAUAGAUAACAAAUUGACCAUCAUCUUCAUGCCUAAUACACUGCAUAUAUAGUAAAUGAGAAAAUAAUAAAUAAGCACAUGAGUGACACAACCUUGUCUCCUCUGCAGAUGGUUAACCAGUGCAUACUUAAUAAGUUAAACAGCCCCCUAAAGAUUCGAACGCCAACCAUGUGUAUUAUAUUCAGCAUUGUCAAUAGAAAAUCAAUAGCCAGAAGGGAGAACCAGAUGUGGCAUUUGCAAUUCCUUCCAAGUAGGUAUAGAUGUUUAUUCUUCUUAUGGGGAUGGAUCUCACAUACUAAGGAGACAAUUAGAAUCUCAAGAUGCUUGAUUUCAAUAAAAUUUGGUGUCCUCGUGUGAUCACGACAUUGACUUCAAUUAUUUUCUGAAGUGUCGAUUUCACGAUGUUACAAACUCUUUGUUAUCUAAGAAAAAGGUUUAUUGGGCAUAACAAACUGCUGUUAUCUUAAUUAUGUCAGUUCAACCCAGGAAUUUGUUUUUGUCCCCUUACUGUCAUCCACCCAGCAAUGGGCUAAUAUACUAUUCCAUUCAACACAUGGGAACUUCCUUUUUUCAGGAGGCAAAGGAGUCAUACGACCUCAUGAAUUUUUCUAUGAUCUCUGUUUUCUUUCCUCUUCUCAUCUUGUUUUCAAAACCCCUCCUCACUUCUUUAUACCCUUUAGAACAUUUUCAUUUCCUUCAACUCCUCGCUCACCAUGGAUUAGACCAGUUAAGGAUAGGGUUGUAUUCAAAUGUUGGAUAUCCAAUCCAUUGCCUUUGCAAAUCAGUCAUAAAAGUCUUAUACAAUAAAGCAAAUACAUAUAAAUAGCAUGUCUCACUUCCUAAGAGUUUUAGCAUCCCACUUCUAGAAAUAUAAGAAAAAAGUUGAGAAAGAGAAAGAGAGAGAGUUGAAUCUUUAGGCUUUUGAAUAAGCUUCUUCUCCAUGACCUUACUUUCACCAAGUGAUCCAUUCAGUUCAAAGCCAUGCAGGGUUCCUUCACCCUGUUGACCACCAGUGUGCCCCUGCCUGGCAUCUGAAACCUGAAAGUAGCUCAUGUCUAUGUUGUGCAAUGAGAUUCCUAGUCUCUCCAGAUUGAGAUUAAUCGAAUCACCCGAAGCGGAAAUAGGUAUUAGGAAUCGGCCAGAAUUGAAAUAUGAAUUGGACAAUUCCACGGGUUAUGAUUCUGUUUUUUGAAACAUGGUUAAUUAUCUGUUUUCUAUUACUAUAUCAUUGUAAAAUUAAUAAGAGAUGCCACACACACAGUUGGCUAAUAUCCACUAGUUUCCCCAGUAAGCAACAGGGCCACAACAAAACUUUGCUCGUUGUAAUCAUUGUCCCUGUUGAAGUCCUUGGAGCCUUUGCCUUUCCCAGAUAUGCCAAAAGUUUCAAUUAAACUUCUUAACCGCAUUGAAGAAAUAGAAAAUAUGAGAUCUGUUCUAAGUCUGAGAUCCGCCAACAUUUAGCUUAUAUGUGCUGGCCUUCUGUCGCAUAGGAGACAAGGUUUUUAAAAUGUUAAACCACUCGUGUGCCUGGCUAUUUUAAGUUUCAAUCAUUCAGCAUAUGUAGAUUGUUGAGCUAAGAGCAAAUAAAUUAUCAAAAGAAGUGAACGUGGCAUGGGAGGGCAGGAGACAUUGAGCAAACAUCGGCGCAACCCUAUCAUUGAGAUCUAAAAUGACACCACAUGAGUAGCCCAUGAUGAGAUUCCUUUGGUCUCAUCUUGUUUCUAUAUAAAUUGGGUUCUAAAUGAAGGAUGACCCAUCACUUUGCAAGACUAAAUUUUACAGAAUUUGAGUUAUCUUAUUCCAUCUUGUGAGAGAGAAAUGGCUCCCUCUCCUUUCCAUCCCAAAGCUUGUCGUCAUGCACGUUCCAUCAGUUUUCCAUCCAGAUCUCAUCCUCUUACCUUUCAAGUUCAGGAGCAGUUGCACAGGGUAAGGGCUUCAGAAGCCACUUCAUCAUCAGUAUCUUGCAACUUGGGUGGCCUGAAAGAUUUAUAUGACAGCGUCACUGAUUUGCUUCAUUUGCCACUAACCCAACAAACAUUAGCCCAAGAACGAGGAGAGAAAUGGGUUAAUGAGGUGUUGGAUGGAUCUCUCAGGUCUCUGGAUGUGUGUGGUACAGCAGCAGAUGUUCUUUCACAGAUGAAAGAAUGCGUGACAGAGCUUCAAUCUUCUCUCCGAAGAAUAAGAGGCGAAUCUGGUCUAGCAAAUCAAGUUGAAGCAUAUAAGAUGUACAGGAAGAAGGUGACUAAGGUGAUCAACAAGUGCCUUGGAGAUCUAAGGAAAGUACAGAAGCGACAUUCAUUUUCCUCUCUCUUAGACAAAAACCACGACAUUGUGGCCAUGAUUAGUGUGCUAAGAGAAGUGGAAGCAAUCACCCUCUCCAUGUUGGAAUCCCUGUUGUUGAUUGUAUCUAGAUCGAAGGUGAUGCAGAGGCCUAAUGGCUGGUCUAUUGUUUCCAACUUGAUAAACAAAAAACGUGUGGCAGAAGAUGAGGAAGAGAUGGAGAGAUCUGAACUUGAGAAGGUGGAUGUCAUAUUGGGUGCCCUCCUUGGCCACCGGUCACACAAAAGCCUCGAGUUUAAGCAAGUUGAAGCACAGAAGCAAUUGGAAACAUUGGAGUUGAGCAUCAGGGAUCUUGAGGAUGGAUUGGAAUGUGUCUUCAGGAGUUUAAUCAAAACCAGGGUCACCCUCCUCAACAUCCUCAACCACUAGCAUACUUGUUCUUGGAAAUACUCAACCCUUUCUGUCUUCCAUAGGCUUCCCAUAUUUUUUUCUAGGAAUUGCCUUUGGAUUUCACUUUGUACAUGCAAAAGGAAUUCAUGUAAACAGUAUCUUCUGAUUAAAUACAUACAUACAACACAGAAAUAUUGUGAGCAUCUUCUAUGUUUAUAUCUUUUAUUGCUUCUAUAAUCUUGUUCGAACAUUGAAGUAGAUACUCUUACCUUUUCAAGAUUUUAAGUAAUUGAUGAAAUAUCACAAUCCAUUAACUAUCAUACAAUGGACUUUAGAUAAAUACCCUUUCGCUAGUUAGCCAUCUGCAGAGAGCUCCCUAAU